AGAGAUAGAGAAAACACUUCAGAAUCAGAUCCGGCUUAACAGGAAGCUGAGCUUAGCCGAAGUUGACAGUUAAAAACCAAGGGAAAUAUUUGAAGUGAGAAAAAGAAAGAGAGGGAGAGAGAUGAGAUAUGGCGGAGGUAGAAGGAGGCGAGUGCUAUUGCAACCGUUUCUGGUUUUGUGUGCGAUGGUGACUGGUUUGGGGCUGUUGAUGCUGGCGCUGAGGCCAUUGGAUCCUCCUAUCACGGUCGAUUUCGCGAGAGAUUUCGAGUUAGGAGAUUCAAACAGCUCGAGCUUGGAUGGCGGCGGCGAGAACGCGGGUAUCAUUGUAGAGAAACCGUGCGCGACGGUGGAAGAGAUGGGGAAGGAUUUCGAAACAGGUGUUGUCGGGAAGGAAACCUUGAGAGUUAAGAGAAUGAUCGAGACUCACUUUGUUCUCAAUGGUGCUUCCAGAAUCAGGGAUUUGCCGCCGGAACAGUUCUGUAGUCAUGGAUUUGUUCUGGGAAAGACUGCCGAGGCAGGUUUUGGGAACGAAAUGUACAAGGUCUUAACUGCUGCAGCACUGAGUAUAAUGUUAAACCGGUCCUUGAUCAUUGGCCAAACCAGAGGCAAAUAUCCUUUCGGGGAUUACAUUUCUUAUUCCAACUUUACCUUUACCAUGAAAGAAGUAAAACAUCUGUGGAGACAAAAUGGUUGUGAAAGCAAAUAUGGUAGGCAACUAGUUAUGAGGACUGAUGAUUUUGAAAAGCCAGCUCAAACAAAUGUUCUCUGUAGCAAUUGGAAGGAAUGGAAGCAACCUAUCAUAUGGUUUCAAGGAACUACAGAUGCCAUGGCAGCUCAAUUUUUCUUGAAGAAUAUACACUCUCAAAUGAGGAUUGCUGCUUUUGAUUUAUUUGGUGACCCACAAGUUCUGGGAUCUCAGCCAAAUGUAUUUGGAGAGCUCAUGAGAGUUCUCAUUUUCCCUUCAAAGGAUGUUGAAGCAGCAGUCAAUUGGGUUAUUGGUGGUGAGGAGAAUCCUGACAUCUCUCUGCAUAUGCGGAUGCUUAUGAAUAGGUCCAUUAGAGCUGUACAGUCUGCGUUACGUUGCAUAAAAAAAGCUAUAGAAAGUCAGCACCUAAUAUCAAGACCAAAGGUGGUUGUGGUGUCAGAUACGCCUUCUCUUGUUAAAAGUAUUGCAGCCAACAUAAGCGAGUUUGCAGAGGUUCUUCAUUUUGAUUAUGAAAAGUUCAAAGGAAAUAUUUUUGAAGGUUUGCCCAAGUUAGAUUUUAGAGUGAAGGAUUGGGGUCCAGCACCUAGAUGGGUUGCAUUUGUAGAUUUUUUCCUUGCCUCUCGUGCUAGAUUUGCUGUUGUUUCUGGAGCUCAUCGGCGUGUUGGAACUACCUAUGCUCAAUUAAUUGCUGCACUGGCUGCAGCAAACAAUCUGGGAGACAACUCGUCUGGUUCAAGUUUUUCAUUUUUAAGCAGUUUCCAGGGUAAUUUGUUGACUGAAGGCUUAAAGAAUCAGAUUGGUUGGGGCCAUGUGUGGAACAGAUAUGCUGGACCAUUGAGUUGUCGUCACCAGGCCAAUCAAUGCGCUUUCACACCUCUUCUCCCUCCUGCUUGGUGGGACGGCCUUUGGCAAUCCCCAAUUCCACGGGAUAUUAACCGACUUGCUUCAUAUGGCAUCCGAUUGUCUGGUUCUGGCACAGUUGAUUACAACUCCCUUCAAAAUUUCUGUAAUUCAAGGAAAAAUGUUGAGAGAACAAUCACAUUCAAUUUGUAGCAUUUGGAAGUCAUAUUUGAUUGUAUUCUUUUUUGGAUGACCACAAUAAUUUAUUUUAGAAUUUUUAUAUCAUUCUUUUCCCAUUCGAAUUCUGUUAGUAGUCCAUUUUCUCCCAAUUUGACUGUAGCUAGAAAGAUUAAAUGGCGUUAAGUAUGGUUUCAAAAAUGAAACUACGAGUGUUGAAGUUAUGUGACUUUGGGUAGAAAACGGGUAAAAGCAAGAAAUGAGACUCAAUUAUUAGGUUUAGUGUUAAG